AUGUCCGAUCAGGGAGACAAGGGGCGGCACCUGACCGCGGUGGACUACGGCGCGGGCACGUGGGUGGGUUUCUUCAGGGACCUGCCGGGUGGCUGGCGGUGGGUGACGCGCAGCAAGUGGCAGGACUUCAAGAAGGAGCUGGACUGGCUCGUCGACGACCACUACGACGCGGAGGCCAUGGCCUUCGGCGACGGCGUCUACCUGGGCUGGUUCCGCAAGAACAAGGGCAAGAAGUCCUCCUGGGCGUCGCGCACCAGCUCCUCCAAGUUCCACACGCAGCUGGACGAGAACCUGCAUGAGGGCAAGCACAUGAUAUCCGGCCUGUCCAACGGCAAGGACUUCUGGGUGGGCUGGUGGCUGGAGAAGCGCGGCUCCUCCCGCUGGGCGCACGUCUACAGCUACGGGGAGCUGGUCGGCGAGCUGACCCACGGCAAGGAUUCCGGGUAUUAUGUGACGUCCAUGGUGCACGGAAACGGUGACUGGAUUGUGUGGUGGGAGGAGGAGAAGGGCGGGUGGAGCGGGUGGGCCAGGAGGGGCAGCCACAAGGACUUGAGCGACUGGAUUUAUGAGAAUUAUGACGGGCGGUGCGUGACGGGCAUUGCCUACGGCUGCGACUGA